CAAACAUUUACCCAAAUUGAAGUCGAGUGUUGGAAUGUUGUAAUUUUUGUGAGAAAUAACUGAGUGUGUGAAAUGGAUGUUUAAAUUUGAACGUACUAGAAAGUUUACGCAAAUAGUAGCGCGCAAAAAUGAUUCUUCUUUUGACUAUCUUCAUCGUGGGAGUAUCCUGUAAUCCCUACCGAAGGCCAAUCAUAAUUCCAGACUUGGAUGUCUCACCUCCAGAGGAAAUUAACAAGUUGUCACUGAAUAAAUUCCAAAGUCGAUCUUUAAACGUAGAAACGAAACAAAAUAAUUUCGAAGACACAAUAAAGGAAGUUGAGGCAAUACUAAAAACCAACCCCGCCUUACCCAGGUUAACCAGGGGUGAAAUUUUAGAUCUGUUGGAUAACAUUACACAAACUGACUUGCAGAAAGCAAAUCUGUAUAAGGAUGCUAGAGAUCCUAAGUCUAUUAUGGUGGUAAUGCCGUUUACUCCUACCAACGAUAACAACAUGCAAGAUUUGUACACUAAGCAACCUGUUACCCAAAUAAUAGGCGACAAUAAUAAACCUAUACCCAAUCAAACCAACAAACCUGUCCUCCCUAUUCAAACUAAUUUUAAACGCAGACCUUCUAGUUUUACUACCUCCCAAUCUACUUCAACGGUUAGUACUACGCCUAAACCAACUAGAAGAGUACCAACCAAAAAACAAUAUCCGCCAAAGAAGCUCAGGCCAAAGCAAGAGACAAGUACUCAAAUUAGUAUUAAAACUACAUCAGAAUAUACCACCGCAACUUCUACAAGGGCAACACCUCAUUAUUUCUCAACUACUGCGAGGAUUACGCCAGAAUACUCACCAACUACUACAAGAACUAGAGAAUUCACACCUAAAUCAUCCACUAACUUCAAACAGAAGCAAAGAGGACCACCCUUGAGGAGAAGAAGGCCAACCAUUACGACCACACAGCAUCCAAACCAUAGAUAUCCAGAUGAAGAACCACAACAACAACAACAACAACAACAAUAUGAUUUCAAUAAGUUUGUUCCGAGCACAGGAAUGACAGUUAUACAAGCCCCCAAAUUAUCAUCCUCAUCUGAAGACUUGAUCCUUCAGGAAGACAUAAGAAAAGACCAAGUGUAUAGUAGCGAAUCGAAGGUUCCACACAAGUUUGUAACUCAACCACCUGAAAAAACCAAAGUACCAAACGACCAGGUCUACUUCGCGACCAGAUCUCCAAGUUACGUAGACGAUUCCUUUAACGGUUUCCAAUCGUUCUCUCUUCAAACCACUACGAAAGAACCACAACAGUUUGAGAUAAUCACGGCGGCUCCAACAAUUGAAGAUCUGAAUAUUCCUCCCCAUUUAACCAAUGUUGUAAAAGAUAUGCAUCUGUCUGAAGCAAUGAGUGGGGAUAUACCGACAAUUAAACCCAUGCCUGAUUUUAAAGUACCGGAUGAUACAGAGAAGAUCAAAGCUAUGCUAGAAUCUUUGGGCAUUCAAACGCCGACCACCACACAAAUGCCAAACGCUCAAAGUGUUGCUGAUAACUUAAGUCCCGACAUGAAGGAAUUGCUUAUGAGCUUUGGACUUCUGCCUGAUCCAAAUAAAAAACCAGACGUAAAGGUUGCCGAACCAAAUCCGGAGAAAGCUGAGGUGCGUCCGGAUUCGUUUAUUGGUUUCAAACCACUACCUGAAGACACGUCCAGUAGGUCAGAAAUGGAGGAACUCUUGGCUUCGUUCGGUUUGGGACGCAGUGCCAGGAAGGAAAAGUCUUUGAAAAAACCACCGAAGGUCGAUGACACGGUUUUAAGUUUAGAAGCUGUACCUGACGAAUAUAAGGGUUUACUAAAUGAACUGGGUCUGAGGCAAGGAAAGAAAAUACGAUCAGAUUCAAACAGUAAAAAUUUGAAUAAAGAUAUGGUGGAAAAACAACACGUAUUUAACCCAACUGAUUCGCAAUAUGCUACUGAAGAGGAGUUGGAGAAGUUGGGUAAAUUGAUUGAGAUGAUAAAAGAAUUGGAAAAACUAAACAGGACAAUUACCGAAGAAGACUUAAAAAAAAUUGACUUGGCCACUUUGAAAGAACUAGUCAGUAACUUGAAACCUGAAUUAGUGCCACUGAAUGAAAAGAACAACGGACCAAAUCCUCUACUCUUCGACUUUGGCUUGAGCAAAAAUGAAGUUAAAAGACAAGAAAACGCCACCACAACUACAACCACAACCACGACUACAAUUCAACCACUUGAAAUAGUAACAACUAGUUCUACCACCAUUGAAGAGUCUAGAAAUCCUUCAAUAAAGGAUCUUGAAGAUUCCUUUGGGGGUUCUUCUACUGUAUCCACCACAGUCGCACCAGAAACAACAACACAAGCCAAGAGAACUGGAUUUUAUUACUUGCUGGAUUGGAAUACGUUCCUAGAUAUUGAUGAUCAAAAAGGAAAAAGGGUUAACCUGAGACUUCAACCUACUGUUGGUGACCCUAAAAGGUUUUACUCGUUAAUCAUGUUAGAGUGUAAAAUAUACGUACUUUUAAUAUUUUUAUAUAUUUUUAACGUUUGUGUGUGUGAAAAUGGGAUUUUCAAUUUAUACGAAAAGUAUAGUAAUGUAAAUAGGGAAGAGUUGGUUGUGACUAAUAUAGAAAAUGAAGAAAACUUUAACUUAGAAUUAAAUGUAAGGCAAUGGAGAAGCUUACCAUCCAUUUCAGCAACCCUUUCGGUUGGAAUAAUGAAUGAAUCAAUGGUUUUGAUUCAAUUUACUGAAGAAAGUGGCAAAAUUAAAAUGAAUCCAAUUAUAAAAGAUGUGGACUACGAAAUAGAGGAUGUUCGACUUUUUCAAAACGAAAACUGGGAAACUUUUGCCGUUGUAUCUUCAAAUAACCCACCUAUGUUAAAGUGGUAUAAUAUCUCCAACACACAAUUGGAUGAAAUUUGGACUUGGUACUUGGUGAACGACGUAUAUUAUUUCGAUAUAAUUAACAUGCAAAAGGAACAGAAAGUACUUGUCUUGUACAACCAAUCAAUGGCAGAAAUUUACGAUUUUCAUUUACCUCAAAAAAAUUUUUGGGUAUUUGAAUCAAUAGUGUUAAAAACUCCUGCAUCAAGUGCUUCUUUUAUCCAAUACAAAUGGGACUUUUUUCUGAUAAUAAGUCAAAACGACUACUUUAACCUCUACAAAUACCAAAAUAAUCACUUUAGUCCGUACAAAAAUAUCGCCUGCAAAGGAAUUAAGAAAGUUGUAACUUUUGAAAUUGGUUUUAAGGCGUUUGUUGCAGUCGAUGGUCUUAAGCCAACAAUCUACGGUUUCACAGAUCAAGGCCUAGAAGAACAAUCCGUUAAAAAUUCCCAUUUGAAUGAUAUAAAAUAUUGGAAGGUGUUACCAGUCAUUGAGUACAGGGAUGAUGCAGUUUUGCUGGCUCAAAGAAUCAUUCAACAUGGAACUCACAACUCCUCAAACAUAGAACUGUUAACCUUUGAUGGAGAAUCUUUCAUUGAACACGAUGAUAUACCAUGCAACUACUUUGGGGAAGAUAGAAACAAUUUAAACUGUUUAAUUGAUGAAGAUACUGAAAAUUCAAUCCAGCAUAUUGCACCAGUAACCAUAAAUGACCGACUUGCACUUUUAGUACCGUACCAAAAGGGCAACAACGUUUUGUUCAUGGUUGAAUUUAAUAUCGUUAGAAAAGACAAUCCUGUAUUAAGCGAAAUAGACGAACUGUUAGAUGAAAAACGACAGAUCGAAGAAAUGCUUAAAGUAUACGAAAGUCUACCAAACACUAAAGAAACAACUCAACAAUUAGUGUCUUCUUCUUUAACAAGCAAAGUAGGAAAUCAGGAAAGAGUACAGAUAAUCGAAAUAGUGGAGGGCCAAGUAGUGUUUAAUUUUGAAAAACUCAAACAAGAUGUUGAUAAUUUAGGUGAACACAUUGAUGUUUUGAAAGCUAGGGUCAAUAAAAUUAUUGACAACGAACGCAAAAUGAAUUUCGAAUCGAUUGUUAUUGAAGGUAGUUUGGAGGCUUCCUCUGGUGUUUUCGAAACGGUUGCUGCUAAAACCAUUUUCCAAGAAAAAGGAGAUGAUGUAUUGGAAGACAUAGUGAGAACAAAUGAAUUAAAAACGGUCGUUGGCAAGAAGAUUUUCAGUACUGUAUCUAUGGAUAAUCUCAAUUUCGGUACAGUAAAUGGCAUUGAUCACAAAGAUUUUGUUUAUAAAACAAACAAUUCCUUGGAAAUCAACAAUAAUGUGGUCUUUACCAACAACGCAAACGUUGAUAAUCUUGACAUUAGAUCUGGAAUACUAAACGGUCUUAAGUUGAAAGAUGAAAUUGUGGUAAUGGACAAAGUCACUGAAGACACCCUCCAUUUGCACGAUGUACUAGUGGAAGGUAACUUCCAUGCAGAUGAAGUAAAUAAUUUAGAACUGUCUCAAGAACAACAAAAUUUCAACAACCAUAACUUGGAUAGAACAGAAAGUACAGUGUUUAUACCACAAAAUGUCACAGUUAAAAACAUUAAUGGGGAAAGUCUGGACGACUUUAUUAAUAAAAUUUGCUUGAAAAAUCUAAAGUGUUACAUUCCAAACAACUUUGUUUUAGAUGGCGAUAUUUUAGUUCAAGGAAAUGCUUAUACAGACCAUUUAAAUGAAAUGAAAUUCCCAGAAGAUUUUGCUUUUACUGAUGAAUCACAGCCGCUGAAUAUUACAGGAAAAAAGACUUUUGAAAAUUUGGAAGUUUCCCAAAUUAGAAUAUCUAACCAACUUAACAACCAAAAUAUCAAUAACUUUAUCACCCUUUCAACGCCACAGCAUAUUUCCAGCACUGUGGAGUUUGAAGAUCUAGAAGUAACAGAAGAAUUAAACAUAAAUGGUAAAAUCGUUGGAAAACAUUUAGAUAAAUUCCUUUCCAACCCUGUGUUAUCUAAUAAAGUAACAACCAUAAACGCCAAUGUCAAUUUUAAAUCACUUAUAGUUGAGGGAACCGUUAUUGUUGAAAAUAACUACAACAACCUAAAUUACCACGAAUUAUUAACCGACAAAAUAUACAAGGAUGAAGACUUCGCCGAAAUAACAGGUUUCAAAGAAUUCCCAGAAGGCAUGACUGUAAGAAACAACCUACAAGUAGAGUCAAAUAUAAUCAACAACAUCCAUAUUGAUGAAAUCAUUACAAAAGACACCGAUCAAAUUUUGAACCUACAAACUCUAAAUGGAACAGUUGGUUUUGGAAAUCUCAAUUUGGGAGGAUUGUAUGGAUCCAAGAACGUUACUAAAAUCGACCAGGAAAGCGUCAAAUUAUCUGGUGAACAAUAUAUUUCGUCAACCUUGUUCUUCAACAAUAAUAUUGAGGUUAAUAACUUGGAAAUUACUCAGACACUUAACGAUUUAUCCUCCGAAGAGUACUUAUUCAAAACUGGUGACAGAACUAUUGAGUCAGAUGUGGAGUUUGACGAAAUUGUGGCUGAAAAUAUGACCGUUGAAAAUGACAUGAUUGGAAACAUUACCAGCAUGGAUUUGGAUAAAUUAAGGAAAACGGUGCUCAGUUAUAGCUCUGAGCAAGAGAUUACGGGAAAUUAUACUUUCACAAAUGCUAGUAUUGUAGACAUGGUUGUAGAGAACAUCAACGAAGUAUUCUUUAUGAAUAAAUUUGAUAAGGAAUUAUUGUUGAAAGAAUUCUUGGAAAACCUAAUGAAUAACAAAAGGGAAAUUCGCAAUUUACAUGUGCAUGGUUCCCUUGAAGUGGAUGAAGUUAAUAACAACGAUAUGUCUUCCAUGAUCGAAAACCUAUCGAAAAUGCCAAAGAAUAUUGAGCUUGAAGACGUCUACUUCACAGAAAUCGACAUUGAUAGUUUAUGCAACGUGCCUUUUGAUAGAUUUGUGGAAGAUGUGAUUUUCAAAAACGAAUCAUCAGUGGAAAUAUCAGGUCGCAUUGAGUUUACUAAGGGUAUUAGGGUAAAGAAACUGAUUGAAACGAAGAAAUUGAACGAGAUCAGGAUUGGAGACAUCCUCACCAAGUACGGUGAACAAAAUAUCCAAUCGGCGAUUUCAGUCCAUGGUGAUGUGCAUUUUGAAGAUGUUUCUGUGUUAGUGGCAAUUAAUGAGCGUAAUAUGAAAAUUCUUGAUGAACCUAUUGAAACACUGAAUGAUACGAUUGUUAUCAGAAGUCAUAUGGUGUUUGAAAGAUUGCCACAUAUUAUGAAUUUGACUGUUAAUGAGUCACUGGAUGAUAUUUUAACAAAAAUAGUCUUCAUCAAUGAUACUAUAAAAUUGGAUGGUCACACAGUAUUCACAAAACCCGUGAACAUAGAAGGAAAUCUAAAAAUAUCAGAGCAAUAUAAUAAUCUUAAUAUCUCUGAAAUGAUGACCAAUGUUGUAUUAACUACAAAAGAUAGUGAAAUAAAUGGACCAGUUCACUUUAAAGAACCAGCAGUGUUUGUCAAAAAUAUACAGGUGGAGAAUUUGAAGUCGGAAGCUCUUUCAGGAUUUGAUAUGGAAGAAUGGAAGGAAAAUGCUCUGUUCAUUAACAAAGGACUGCUUCAAGGUAAAUACAAAUUCGAAGAUGUUCAUGUACAAGAGUCGAUUUUAACGGAAACCAUCAACAACAUCGAUAUGAAAACAUUAAUUCCUCUAAGAACUGAACAGGAAAUCCCUAAAAUGUUCAUAAAUGACCUUCACGCCGAAGAUAAUAUAAGAGUUGAAGGUCUUGUCAGUGGAUAUAAAAUUAGGGAUGAAGUCCAAAAUUCACUUACUGUGGAUCAACAUCAGGAGAUCAACUCAAAGAUCGUAUUCCAAAACGACGUCAUGGUAGAAGGAUCUUUAUUCACCAGUAACAUCAACAACAUUCCCAUUAACCAAAUUGUCACAACAAACACCGAUCAAGAUCUUACAGCUUCUUAUAAAUUUUUAAUGAAGUGUCACCUAGACACAAAUUUAAACAUUGAUGGUACCCUAAAUGGUAUCAACAUCACAUCAUGGAACGACGAAAUAUUGAAGUCAAACACAGAGGUUGAGCAAGAUGUGAUGGAACAAUGGAACAUUUUGGGCAAUAUGACGUUAGAGGAUGAUGUGAAUGGAGGUGCAAUGGUGAACAACAAAAAUCUACAGGACAUUCAAAAAGAAGUCAAUGAUAAAAUUCAGUAUAAGUUCAACGUAGAAAGAGCUAUAAUCGAUGAUUACAAUAAUUUAUGCAAAGAUGUUGAAAAUAUGUACGAGCUAAGCAAACAUCAGAUCUAUAAGUUCCGAUACUUUGACGAACUACAAACGUUAAAAUUCGAAAGACCGGUCUCCUUCGUCAAACAUUUCGAGCAUAAAGGCAACGAUUAUUUAUUGGUGAACGAAGAAAAUAAUUGUCAAUCACAUCUUAUGGUCCUGUUCAACAGUUCGUUUUUCAACACAUCAACCACAUAUCAUACAGGAUCACUAUCUCAGGUAAUCUUCGUUGAUUACAAAUCAGAAUUGUAUUUCGUAACUGUUGGGAAGAAAAAGUCUUCUUGUGAUGUCAAAGGAACGAACGUUUGGAAAUUUACAGAUGGAAGUCUCCAGUGGAUUAUGAUGCUGGAUAAUCAAAUUGUAUUGCAAGAAUCUCUAGUACCUGGUACGUUCUAUGGCUUGAAUAAACACGGAGUUACAGAGUACAAAAUAAAUAACAAUUUUAUAAAAGUCUACCGCAAAUGGAAAGUUUCUGAAGAUAAUAUGAGUUUUGUACCACGAGGUUUUGGCACUGGCUUAGCCGUACGUAAUGGGAAGAAACUUAUAAAGCUUCACAGGGACGAUCCGGAUGAAAACACGAAUUCCAACACUGAAUUUAUCAUAGGAAAAACUAGUGCGCAGAACAAUCGUUAUAUACCAGGUAGAAAAAAUGGAGAUUUAGCAGUCACAUCAGUAGGUCCCAGUGAUUCGAAACGUAAUCUUCUCGCUGUGGCUUCGCAUGAAGAAGUCAGUGUGAAAGGACCUUUGGAUUCCAUAAUAAUAUACAGUGAUCCAGUCCAUGGUAAAAUUUUCCAUAAAAUUGCUACUUAUAAGCCAUCUUCAUUGCUGUCUGUGGACUUUGAUAAUGGAGAGACGUUAUUGAUGUUCAUGGAGAACAACAAGACUCUUCAGAUCUACGAAUAUAAAGGAAUUAACGGGUUUCAACAUAGAGUAUCCGCAAAGAUAGCAGCUUCGAAGCUAUUUCAAAUGACUCUUCCACUUUCACAAUUCUUAAAUAAAAGAAAAGUGAUUGGAGCUGUGAAUGGAAACAAAAUUGUUUUCCUGCAAUCUUCUAUGUCAGGAAAUCAGAUAAGAACUGAUAUGGGAUGUAAGUUACAGUAAUAAUAGUUUGUGUUGUUAUAUGUUAUGAUUUGUUUAUUUAUGUAUUUAUACGUUUAAAUAUACACAUGUUGAAAGGAA